AUGAACUAUAUAGACGCCGCGCGCCGCGCUCCGUGGGUCGCUGUGUAUUUGGCGGCAGGCGUUGGCGUGCUAGUGAACUUGCUGGGCGAGGCGUACUCCAAUGCUCUCGACGUGUGCGAGAUGUACCCGCACUUUUCUUUCCAGGAGACGAUGCGUGAAGAGCUGAGUAUGCACCACACGCGUCUGCCGCUGGUGCGUGUGCACGUACCCACGCUGCAUCUUCUAGUCGCUUACAUCGCCGCGUACGCUGCCAAACACUGGGGACUGCUGGACCGGAGCUGGCCGCUGCUGCGUGACUUGCUCUCGGGUCGCUGGCUGUACCAUCAAUUAUUCGAGUGCCCGAGUUGCUACAACGAUGCGUGCAACGAAGCAUUGGCCAAGCUAGUGCAAGUGAAGAUGCAGCACGCUAACCGAACCAUCGCACGGCCCGACGACUGGCUCGUGUUCGAUCCCGUACAAGAGGAACUCUAUCGCUCUCGCGUGCACAGGAACCAAUAG